AAUUUACGACCCCAAUUCCAAUUCUAAAACGUUCGAAUUCCAAAACUUUAACCGUUACGAAUCGAUGAUAUCGAUUGACCCUCAAACGGUACAGAGAGGGAAUCGGUAAGCAAUUAAAGUAGGUUGUUAAAAAAGGUUUUAUAGCUGGUAUAUGUAGUAUCGUACACAAGUCCUACUUCGACUUAGAAUUCGUCGUGUGUACAAUGCUUACCUGUUGCUAGUGCCUCGAGAAAGUGACGCGGCUGAAAUGCGCCGUCGCUCGGGGUUACCCGGUUAUUAAUUUGCCCGAAAUACGGGUGAUUAAGUUUAUUUUGGGAGAUUGAUGUUGAAGGACUAAGUAAAACUUUUUGCCAAUGAAACAGCGACAGGAGCUGGUAAACGAUGUCCUAGCUAAAGCACUAAUUUUAUAUAAUUUUUUUAAUGUACCUUUAUUAAAUGUGAGUUCCUAUAUUUAAAUUCGAUUCAUUAGAUCAAUCGCGAAAUGGCAUUUGUUUGAACAUUAGUAGUUACUUAGGUAAUCGAACGAUACUAAUUCUUUCCAUUAUCCUUUAUAUUAUAAUAUCACAUUUCUACUUGUGUUUACCGUAAAAACAAUGUUAGCAAUGCUUAUUUUCCUUAACCACACCAUUCAUUUCAACCCAAAACACCUAUUUCAUGAACGCCAAAUAACAUUCAAACCAAUUGAAUGCCCGACGAUUAAAGAAAGUAGUGACGAUUACGAGAUCGUACAAUACGUAACCUCUAAGUACAUUCCUACUGAAUAAUUCCGUUCAUUAACGUCCACCUAAUGACUGACAAUUAGACUAAAUCCUGCACAUCCGCACUGACCCGAGAGCCCCAAUUACACGGAUGGGCACAUUUGAAACUAUUACGCGAUGUCAGUGUAGUGUUGCGGGGGUAGGAUGGCAACACCGGCCCGGGCGGAGGCAGUGUGCGCGAGCCGUCAGCCGCGCCGACCGCUCCCAGACACCCCUACUAGUGAUAAAACAAUAACCGAAAAACCUACAACGAAUAAGUGACCAUAAAAAAGUAGUCUUCAAAAAACACAAACGGCCUAUAUAGUAGUGUAUAGUGAUGGUAAAAGUGUAAUCGAUAGUCGAUAUGAGUGGAUUAGGCCCGCCCGGCGUGUGGGCCGCGCAGAAACGGCUGGAGUCGUGGGCCCGAGCGGCCAGGGAAAGAACUUCGAGCGCCAGUAGCGGACAAAGUCACAACUCUACUGACAGUUUUGGCGAUGACAAGUCACAUGGCAGUCUUAAUGAGAUGCUGAUACCGAAGGAGCAAUGUCGAGUGCAGCCACUAGCUACCGAGGGCCGGGCAGCCAGCUCGCUGCCACACGCGAGACUGGCCAGAACCCCUUCCAUAUCAUCCCAGAGCAGCCUUGAUAGCGGAACCUCCAGAGCUACCAGUCACCGCGGCUCAUCACCAGCGAUCCGUACCUUCGCUCCUGAUGGUCGCACGCUGGAGGCUGGUGCUAGCGGCGUGCCACGCUCACCGUCGCCGCUGCGCGCCGCCUCCCUGGACGUGAGGGCGGCACCCCUUGCUCAUGGCUCGCUCGCGUCGCUUGCUGAUACGCCGACACCUUCCAGUCCCAGGCACGCUCCGCCACGAUGCCUAUCACCACUUUUGAUGCCGCCAAGGCGGAUAGACCGCAGCAAUUCUCUAGUGGAGAGCAGCAGCGGCCUCGGGCCCUUGAGUCCUGGCGCCAGUGCCACCAUCAGCUCGCUGGGAGCUCUGCAGCCCGACCUCUACACCAAGAGAGAAGCACCUCUGGUAAUAGAACUGGAAGGAGCUGGACCCUCGCUCGGCAGGAUCCAUCUGCGCUUGAAGUAUGACUUCGAUCGCUCUGAUUUGGAAGUGCAUCUUAUUGAAGCUCACGACCUAGCUGGUUACGAAGCAGGCGGCUUCAAUGACCCAUACGUUCGUGUCACGUUACUGCCUGAAGUGGACACUCGAGUGCGUCAGACGCCAGUGCACCGGAACGAGGCGAAUCCGUUCUUCGACCAACACUUCAAGUUCCCCGUGUCGCAUGAUGAGCUGUCUGAUAAGACGCUGUUGCUACAAGUGUUUGAUUACGACAGGUUCUCUCGCAACGAAGUUAUGGGCUCUGCUAAAGUCCCUCUCUCCCGCGUGGAAGUAGCCGGGGGAGCAGAAGUGUGGGCUGAGCUGUCGCGAGAGCGGCGACCACCAGAGGAGCUGCAGGAACUGUUGCUGUCUCUAUCUUACCUACCGUCAGCUGAACGACUCACCGUCGUUGUACUGAAGGCAAGGAAUCUGCUGCCGCCGCAAGAGGGGAAAGAUGCUUUAGAUGUAUAUGUCAAAGUAUACCUGCUGGUGAAUGGCAAGCGCGUGAAAAAGAAGAAGACAAAUAGGAAAGAAAUCAACAGCCCCGUGUGGAACGAGGCUCUAUCCUUCAGCUUGCCCUCUGCUAAUCUACAAGAGGCUUCCAUUGAGGUAUGCGUGGUGAGCGGUGGCAGCAGCGGGCUGGUGGUGGGCUGGUGCUGUGUGGGCGGCGCGGAGCCGGCCGCCGAAGGCCGCCACUGGGCGCAGAUGGCGCACGAGACACGCAAAGCCGUCGCCAUGUGGCACACCCUCAGAUAGACUGCCCAUAGCUCGUGGUUACACCUCGUCUAGUUCAUCCAAGACCGAUUUAUGCAUGUAUAUGCACUUAUGCAACUCUUGUUAAGUCUGUCCUUCUGUAGAUAUGACUGUUGUAUAGUUAGCAUUGGCGUCAUAGAGAUUAAAUGGGUGUGGUAUGGAAGACUAAACAAAAUAACUAAGAAAGCACGCUUUUAAACCUCAAAUAGUAAGAAACGGUUGGAUGUUAAAAGUAUGGAGGCAUUUAACUCAAAAUAUUGAUUUGGUCUAAGGGCAGACAACUAAGCACGGGUACACGUUUCUAGAUAGGUAGGUAGGUAGAAAAUAUAGAAUCCAACAUUUUUGCAAUGCAGAAUAUUUGUUUUCACAACAUCCCACAUUCUAACACACGAAGCUUAGAAGUUAGACGCAUACGGAGUAUUUUUUAACCACUAAUAUAUAUCAAUGUGUAUUGUUAGCUAUGUAGUUCAAUGUGUCGAGUAGGUACUUAAACAUUAAUCCCUAUGACGUCACUGAAUCACCAUUAUACCUGUUACUUGUCUACAAACUAUAGUAGUCAUUUCAAUAUAACAAUAAUCUACAUUAUAAUAAUUAUCCUAUACUUAUAGGUACUUCGUAUCUGGUCGCUUCAGUAUACAGCCAAAGAUUGGCAUAUUUUAAUAACUGUGUAGAUGCAAUACGUGUAACAUGUUCAAUAUUUAAUAGCUUCAUGAAUUCGUCUAAUCGUCGUGUCACGGUUCCCUAUCUUGAAUCUUACAAUAGUUGUACUUGAAUGUCAUUAGUCAUUGAUAUAACAUGUUAUUGAUAUCGAAAUAUUAUCGUAACUAUGUAAGUGUUUGCGGUUUUAUGUGGGUACUUAGUUCUUAUCAAAAAUGUCAAGUUUAAAUGCAUUUUUUCUAUUCAGUGUUAUUAGUGAGCGUGACUAGACGGCAAAAUAAUUGUUUUGAGGUUUACUUUCGAUUAUGCACUUAAUGUGGGUAGGCAACGUUUAUUUAAUCGAAUCCCUCCAGUUGUACCUUGCCAUAAUAGACAGAAAUUAACGAAAUGUCUCGAGCCUAAUUUUUGGAAAUAGAUAGUGAAAACCUGUAGCAACAAUACACCUGCCUACUAUAGCAAGAGUUACCGUCAGUCCGGAUUACCCCGGGUUUUCCAUAGUUUAGAGGGGAUCCCAGGAACUUCCGGAGGGGGAAUAUAUUUGUCAUACAGGUUUUAAAAGUUAAGAAUCGUCUUAAAAUUAAGACAGCAUGUUUUAAAAGCAACAACUGUUGACAUGUCCAGGGUCCUGGGCUCCGAGAAUCCGGGGUUUCCACGUCUGGUACUGGCUGCCAAAGUUUUAAAGAUGGCAACCCUUAUUAUAGCUGUCUAUAUUGAGGGCUAGGUUUACUUAGUAUCUACAUAGAACUGUAAACACUGAAUAAUAAAUGUUAUUUAUGAAAGUUAUAAACUAUCGCUACACAGCACUGAUUAUAGAGGUACCUAAUGUAGAUAAUCCGCUAGAUUUAUCGCUCACCGAUAAACUAGUGAGAUGUCAUGUGAGCGUGUUCCAAUGUCCCCACGUUUAGGGUAUAUAAAUAAGUUUAAUGUCCCCUUAUGAAGACUUGACUUGUAUUACACUCCCUGCCUUCUGUACUGUCCAAUCUCAACUGUGGGCUCUAACUUCAUGUAUAUGUAUAAAUAUUAUAACAAAUAUAGUAAAACAUAUUUAUCUUGUUAAAACUUUACAUAACUCCUUACUGUUCUCGAGGAAAAAAAUAUUGAGCUUUUGGAACACCCAAAGAAAAAUCUUAUGAAUAUAUAGAGGUUUAUAUAAGGCGUUAAUUUUGGAAAAGUUUUUUUUUUGUAUAUUUCUCCAGAUGAUGUGGUGUAUUCUCAUGUUCUGUACUAUCACGUGUGCCCACAGUUAUCCUGUCACAUAACUAGUUAUUAAUACUUAGUAGUCAUUCAAUAGAAUGCACUCACGUCAGUUCGAGGGUUUUAUAAAUUAUAUCGAAUUUUAUUCCAAAAAUAUACGUACAUAUUUUCAUCUAAGUGUACCUAUCUGUGUGAAGAGGUAUUUUUAUUUUUAUUUUCUUUACAAUGUCUGAAUAAAAUGUCUAUUUGUAAGAUUAAAAAUGUGGUUUCAUUGUCAAUAAAAGUCCAAAAUACAAUAUUUUAAAG